GUGAACGUUUCCGGAUGUGACGUUACUACUUUGGCCAUCGAUUGUGACGUAUAGUUCAAGAUGGCAGCGCUGGCGUCCUUGAUGCUGAAGCCCCGAGCAGGUCUGUUGGUGCCGGGUCAGUCCUUUCUGCUGGACUCUGUGAGGUUUGCCUCAAAGAAGGCUGGUAGUAGCUGUAAGAACAUCGGAGGAAAUAGCCCUGGUCGGAGAUAUGGCUUCAAGAAACAGGAUGGAAACUUUGUCCAUGCUGGUAACAUCCUUGCAACACAGAAGGUGAUGAGGUAUCACCCAGGAGCACAUGUGGGGGUGGGAACCAACAAAACUCUCUUUGCUCUGGAGGACGGCCAAGUCAGGUUCACCAAGGAGGUCUACAUCCCAAAACCACGCAGCUGGAGGUACACACGGCUCAUCUCUAACCUGCCAAAGGGGGCUGUGCUCUACAAGACCUUCAUCAACGUCGUGCCACUGAAACAGGAAGGCAAGUUUAAACUGGUGGACAUGGUCUAAAACUGACUGGACUGGACUGGAAUGUCAGUGAGGAUCCAAGAGGAUUUAUUUUGGUGGACUGGCAUCUCAUGCACCGUGGAGGACUUUGGCAGCUUGGACCUCUAUCUUUGACCGAUAGUAGAUAAUGCCCACUGUAAUACUGAAUGAAAACUGCAGACUCCAUCUUUGGCUGCCAACGAUUCAUCUGCCACACAAGACAUUAGCAGUGAACAGUGUGGUGAUUCCUGUAUAAUCACAUAAUUCCUAUAUAACACAUGAUAUUGGUGAAAUCUUAUUUAAAACCAGUCAUCACUUAGAUGACACUUACUCUACUUCACCCAGGACAUACCACUGUAAAAAACUUUGCCAUAUUUGCCAAACUACAGUGAACUGUAUUUACCACAGUGGAGUGUUUAUCAGUCAUUAGAUUCUGGAUUGAUUCAGUUUGCUUUAUUGGAUAAUAAAGUUUUUUUCUUUGUGUAA